AUGAAUUCGCGACCCGGGAAGGAACAGAAAGAGAAGAAGAAGAAGCAGCAGCAGACGAAAAAGAAUAAAGAGGUUAAGAAGAAGAGGGAAAAGAAGAAGACUGCGUCGCCCCGAUCUAAUGACAUAGAGAUGGAUAUCCUAUCUGUUUCCCCCAGCCCCUCUCCUCCUCACCCCUGCCGCAACCCCGUACGAGAAUAUGAGGAGAAGAUGGGGUACAAACGUCUGAAGAAACCUUACGAGAGUCCCCGCAAGGGCGUCAACCAGAUACAGUAUCCAAUGUUCCCGAGGACCAAAAACUCCACCGGUUAUAAGGCCUUCGUCGAUCUGACCCUGAAGGUGGAUGAAGGAGCUGACAGCGAGGCCUGGAGCUACACGAGUGGGGGAAACUCUGGAGGUGAUGGUCCCUUUGCGUUCAUCAACUUGGCGUAUGAGGACGAACAACAGGUGGUGUUUGACGCGCCUGACCAGUCUACCAGCGAGGUGGGGGAGUGUGUGGUGGGUUGUGUAGAUCGUCGUAGUUACCCGUCUAUUAACAUUCAAACUUACGACGGGUUCGACGUUGAGGACUCCACAACUGCCACCAUGAAAACUGAGGUAGACGCCAACACGGAGGACGCCGUUGACUUCCUAGACGUGGUAGAUGGCUCAGUGCAGAAGUCGCAGCUUAAGCGGAAACACACAUUGAAGUCGGAAGAAAGAGAUGGGCAGAAGAGAACCUGUGUUAGGGGGAAGGAAGAGGAUGAUGAUGAUGAGGAGGAGACAAACAUGUUCCCCUAUGGUGAGUUCAGAGGCUCAAAAGCACGAAGACUCACUCCCAACUACGGGGUGACACGCACCUGUGGGCACGCUGGUCAAGAUAUAUCCUGGACGGAGGCAUUAUCGUCGUUUCGGUAGUUAACCACGCAAGGGCUAUGGUAGCUGGAUCCCCUUUCUGGUGCUGUACAGUUUUUGUAGUGAUGGUACACCUUUUUAAUUGUGAAUGUGAGUGAUUUUAUACACUGACAGUACAGGUCUUGUAAAAAAAAUAAUUUUAGAUGUCA